UCCGCGCAGCAGCAGCAGCAGCGUCGGUGUGACGUCACGAGACGUCGGGGGCCCUCCCUCCCUUCUACCCCCCUCCGCGGCCGGCGGUGAAAGCGAAGAGAGGCCGGCCGGUUGCGUAGAGGCCACACUCGUCGUGCGGGGAAGCCCGGCUGUCGCGGCUUGCAGGGCGAUGCGCGGCGCCAGCUGAGGGCGGCGGCGGGCGCAUGGGGCGGCGUGCGGACGGCGGGGGCGGCGAGGAGCCGGCGGCGGCGCCGCUCUGCCGCUCGCACGAGGACCAGCUGCAGCCCCCUGAAGGCGGCUGGGGGUGGAUGGUGGUGGUCGGCAUGGCGCUCAUGUUCAUAUCCACGACGGCGCACUACGGCUCGUUCGGCCUGCUGUUCGACGGCAUCCUGGCGCGGCUCGGCCAGCAGACGACGGGCGCCACCUUCAUCAUGAACGCCCUGGCGUCGGCCGUCAGCUUCACAGGCUUGGUGACGAACCACCUGCUGCGGAAGAUGUCCUACCGGAUGGUGUCGUUGAUCGGCGCCCUCGUGUCCACGGUCGGGCUGAUGCUCACCAUCUUCGCGGACAGCAUCGGCCACAUAGUCCUCACCUACAGCAUCGUUUCAGGCAUCGGGCUGGGCAUGGUGGCGCCCUCCUCCUACCUGGCGUUCAACACGUACUUCCUGGAGCGCCGCGCGCUGGCCAUGGGCGUGUGCCAGGCGGGCAUCGGCCUGGGCUUCAUCGUGGCGCCGCCGCUGGUGCAGUGCCUGCUGGACCGCUACGGCUACCGCGGCACCCUGCUGGUCCUCAGCGGCAUCUCGCUCAACGGCGUGGUGGGCGCCGUGCUGUACCAGCCCGUCAGGCGGCACCUGGUGCGGCCGCGCCGGAGGCCGGUCAUCAGCGAAAUGAUUGACAUCCCGCUGAAGGACAACAACAAUGGCGUCAGCUUGGUGGAAAACAACGUAAUUUCGAUGGACGUGGUGCCAGAAGAAGAGGAUCAUCUCAAGAGACAGAACGGUUCUGGAGAUCCCAACUGUUACAUACAUCAGCUCAGCUCGCGCGACACGGAGUGCGACGACCACACGGUCAUCUCGCGGCGGGGCAGCCUCGUCAUGUCCGCCAUGCUGGACUGCCGCGCGCACCUCCUGCUGCGCCCCGUCGACGAGGACUGCGACCCCUCCGCGUCCUCCCCCGCGGCUCCUCCCCCCGCCGUGCAGCUGCCCGGAGCCGCCACGCGACCGCCCUCCGCCUUCGUCGCCAACUUCGCGAGCAACGUGCUCAUGUUCGACAACGCCAUCGCGUCGGCGGACGCCGAGCCCGAGGAGGGAGGCGUCGUGGUCAUCCGCAGGAAGCGGCAGUUCUCGCAGCAGUGUGACGACGACCUCCAGAGGCAGUCCCUGCUGAGCGGCGACCUGGCGGCGAGGCAGGAUGGCGGGACCCAUUCCCGCCGCUGGCUGCGCGCCGUCACGGACUUCCUCGACCUGGGGCUGCUGGGCGACCCCGUCUACGUCAACAUCGUGCUGGGGCUUUCCGUGUCGUUCCUCAGCGACGCCAACUUCUUCACGGUGUUCCCGUUCUUCCUGCAGUCGGCCGAGCUGGGCUUCUCGGCCGCCGACACCGCCGUCUGCAUGUCCAUCGCGGCGGGCGCCGACGUGGCGUCGCGCCUCGCGCUGCCCUGGCUCGCCGGCUGGCUGGGGCUGCGCGCGCGAGACACCUACCUGCUGGGCUGCUUCGCGUCCGCCGUCGCGCGCUCAGUUUUCGCGUGCGUGGACGGCUUCUUCGGCGUGGCGGCCAUGUCGUGCGUGGUGGGGCUGCUGAAGGGCUCCAUGGUGGUGAACCAGUCGCUCACCAUCGCCGAGCACUGCAGCCUGGACCGCUUCGCCGCCGCCUACAGCCUGUACAUGGUCAUCAACGGCGUCAUCACUGUCACCCUCGGUCCGCUGGUCGGCGUGGUGCGGGACCGCAGCGGCAGCUUCCCGCUCUGCAUCCACGCGCUCUCGCUGCUGAUGCUGCUGUGCGUGUUCGGCUGGCUGCUUGAGUACUUCGUCACGUGGUACCGCCGCCACAGCCACAACCUCGCGCACGCCAUCAAGAGCCGCCUGUUCUGAAGCCCGCGAACACUGCGACAACCAUGGAGUGGACGUCCGGGCAGAGCGCGCACCGCAAGCUGCGCGGUGGUCCCAACGAUGAAUGGCUAGUUUGCCUACAGGGCUGUCACAAAAAAAAACAUGUGUUUAACAUCCGUUAAGAGUGGACAAGCAAGUUUCACGGUGGUCCCAACGAUGAAUUGCUAGUUUUCCUACAGGACUGUCGCAAGAAAAAAAACUGUGCCGUGGCAUUAGAGCUUAAUGUCCGGGUAGAGUGCGCACACAAGCUGCGGAAGUGAUCCCAAUGACGAUUAUUUUGCCUACAGAACUUAGUGCAUUUUUGUCGUUAAAAAUCUCACGACACGCCGAGUUUCAGUGCAUAAUUUGUUUAAUAGUUCUUAUUGUAAACAGUACAUUAAAAAUGCACUGCGUUAAAAAUAAAAAUUAACAGUUUAUUAUUGCAACCACAACUUGGAUGUGAUGAAAUACGUAAUUUAAUAAGUACUCUCAUAGUUGUUUACGUCAUAUUUUUGUUGUGACAAUUUCAAUGCGGCACAAUAUACGAAAAAAACGUGUCUGUCCUCUUCAGUUAUUCUGAAGUCCACAUAUACUAAAUAUAAUGUGUUCCAAUUCAAGUUUUAAGUUAACUAAAAAUGAAUGGUAUUCGUGUCUCGACGUGUAAUAAAUAAAUAUAUAUUUUUGCAAUUUAAAUAUUAUUUCUUAACAUGCCUUCAUACAUACAGACACACAAUAAGCAACUACUGGGAAAUUUCCUUUGGACAUUUUAAUUGGUAAACAUAUUAUAACUGACACAGAUUAAACUGACAUAAUACCUUGGAUAUAUGCUAUUUUUGUUUAGGCUGGUUGUCAUAUAAAAAACCUCAGGAAUGGACAGCAAAAAUGAAUACAUGUGACAUUCUUAGUCAACACAAAUAAUUCUGUGGAAUAAAUUUUGUUAGAAAAAAUAUUCACCGCGCAAACUUACACUAUAGUCUGAUACCGACAAGUCAAUUGCGACAACAGUUUACAUACAAAAAAAGACACAUUCAAACGACACACCAUUGCGCAAACGAAGCGAGCGAUGAAAUUACAUAUAAAAACUGGACGAUAUAACUAAGACAGCAUGAAAGAACACAGUAAGCCUUUUUGACCAUCUAUAACAAGCAGUGUCAUAUGUUGUCAAAUUAAUCUUCACAUUUGCAAGAAUAAUUUAAGAACGUAGACUCUACAUCGAAAGAUAGUACGGAAGCCAUAAGUCUUUAAUAGUUAUUCGUUUUCCAGAAUGAGAGUUAAGUUAUAGUUAUUUUCCUAUUCAUGAAUUGACUAAUAUCGCCAUGCAAAUAGCAUUAUAUUACAUAUAACUAAAAAUAUGAUUUUCCUAAAACCCUGGAAAUGCCAGGUUGCUGGGAUUUCAAGAAUCCCAGGCUUUUGUUGAUUUACGAAUUUUAUUUUAAAAUAAUAAUUUGUACUACAAAGUGCAUGUAAAAAACCUUUGUUUCAAAACUGUUUACCACAAUCUUACAUGCUUCAUGUAAAUGCUGCUACUGAAAUAUAAAUUAGCCCUAAUGUUUUAAUUGAUAGUAUCAUUUAAAAAUAACUAUCCAGUGAUAUAACAUGAAUUUAUUUCAAAUCAGAAAGAGGAAUUUAUAUAAUCAUAAUGAUUAAGGACACUACCCCCUUAAACGUACUGAGUUGAAGGCGAUUCAAUUUCAGCCAUAAAUUUGAUAGUACUUUUGUCACUUCGGCUUUGUAGCGAUGUUAAUAUCAACUUCUCCAUUUUGUUUAGCAUUCUCCAUGCUGAGCAGAUACAUAUAUAGUGGUAAUUAAUGACUUUUUCUUUCAAUAUGGGCUCACUUAUUGUAUACUUCCCUUGAACAACAAAUAAUAAAAUACACCCGGCCUUUUGAAACACUUUUAUGUUCGUGUUUCUCCAAAUAUUAUUGUAUACAAGAAAAUUUCAUUGUAAAUAUAUUUUUAUAGCUAAACAAAAAAUGUGUUAAAAAUUAUUGUAUUAUAAUCUGUGUGGUUGAAAUAAAAUCUUUUGAAGGACACGUUAAAA